ACGUUCCAAUCCAUGUCUGUGUCUGUUUCAUCAAGAAGUGUUGAAAUUCGGUUCAGAUCCAUUGGAUUCCAUCCGUCCAAGUGGCGACUAUAAAAAACGCGCCAGCAUUCAUCGUCUGGUCUCUUUACUUCUCCAUUCCAUCUUCUCCACCUCUCAAAUCACAAUCAUGGCGUCAUCCACCACAUCCGCCGAUGCUCCAAGCAAUGAAGGCCUUUCGCUCCCCUUCAACGCUCUCAAGGACUCGCUGAAGGGGCUCAUCACCGCCCUUGAAGCAGAGCAGAAUUUCGAGCAGCAGGAGCAAAUGCGCAGCGGCAAGGUCUUCUUUAUGUGGGACUUUGUGUCCAACACGGCGCGCAUGCUCGAGAACCUCCACAUCACGCCCGACCGCUUCGCGGCUGAGAAGGCCGAGCAAAAGUCCGACAUCAUGCAGCGCUGCAUGUUUGCUGAUGUCCUCUUCAAUGACACCACUGGCAAAAUGACGCUGAUGUGCAGUGGUGACACGACCGAGUUCGGCCAGCAUGUCAAGAGGGCCAGUGCUGAUUGCCAGCAAAAGGCGAUGCAGUGGGGUGAAGCCGAACGCGUCCUGGGUUAGUGACGGAAUUGGAUUCGUGUUUCGUAUUGGGAUUGUCGUUGUCUUGCUCGAGUUUCGUUGUUUGGAUUGAAGUCUCGUUUCUAUUGGGUUGGAUGCAAAACGAGCUGGACGCUGCUACCUAACCCUAUGAACUGUUUUCCCUGGACCAACCAAAAGCAACAAAUUCGGAUUCCUCAAGAUGACCGCCAUAGACGGCAUCCGUCUGUAAUUCUUCACAGAGAAACGCGUCGUUUUAGAAAUUUUCUUUCUUUUUUUUUU